AGGUGCGAGCAGAUGGCCAGGGCCAGCACGAGGCUGUGGUGCCCUGUUUGGCUGCGGGCACCGAGGUCCAUUUGGCUCGUGGCUGUGCUCACAUCGUGGAAGAAGCCACACGCACACCCCGACGGCAGCGGGGAGCCCCGUUCUGCGACCCGAGCCCGUCGCUGCGCGUUGCUGCUGGCAUUGCUGCUGCCAGCGGGCACAGAGGUUUCCGCGGUGCCCCUGCCCCUUGUCUUCUGCUGGUGGCUUCACUCACAUGCACAGGCUUCAUCCAUCCUGGAAGACAGCAGAUGACCCUCCCUUUCUACAACUGCAGCUGCUUCCCUGCUGCUGGCCCUGCCAACAUGUGGAGCUCACCGGGGCCCAUCUCGGCCUUUGUGAUGCUGGUUUUCACCACCGUGCACGCGGGAGUGAAGGUGACCCCAGCUGUGAAGUACACCAAGACGAAGCCCUUACAGCUGGUGGGCGAUGGUGCUUCUCACACCCGCCUCACCCCCCUCGCCGGGAAAACGGUUGCCGGCGCCCCCCCUGCCGCGGGGCUCCGGGGGCAGCCAGGGGAGCAGGGACCCCCAGGUGCCAAGGGGGAGAAGGGAGAUGCUGGGCUGCAAGGUCUGCCGGGUGCUCCAGGUCCUCAAGGUCCAAAAGGUUCUAAAGGAGAAAGAGGAGGCAAAGGGGAGCAAGGCGAGCGAGGAGUAAGUGGAAAUCCUGGUUAUCCAGGCAAACCUGGGAUGCAAGGUGAAGCUGGAGUAAAAGGCAAUAAGGGCAGCUACGGCUUCCCUGGACUGAAGGGACAAAAGGGAUCCAAAGGGGACACUUGUGAGAACGGGACCAAAGGAGACAAGGGAGAUAGGGGGGAUGCUGGAGACCCGGGAGAGGAUGGAGAACAGGGUGACAAAGGGGAAAAGGGAGACACUGGGGAGAAGGGGUAUUGUGGGGAGCCGGGGGGGAGAGGUGCGAAGGGAGAAAGAGGAGAAGGGGGGACAAAGGGGGAAAAAGGGAGCAAAGGGGAGAUGGGGGUUGAGGGAAUUCAGGGAGUGGAUGGAAAACAGGGAGAAAAGGGCGAUCGAGGAAGUAAGGGUGAAAAAGGGGAUCUUGGAUCCGCUGGCCUGAUGGGACCUCCUGGACCCAAGGGGGUCGCCGGCAGCAAAGGGGGCCGAGGGGCCCCGGGAAAGAAAGGCUCCCGCGGGGCGAAAGGUGCCCGAGGGGACACCGCAAAGCUCCUGCGAUCGGCCUUCAGCGCCGGCUUGUCCAAGCCCUUCCCUCCGCCCAACGUCCCCAUCAGGUUCGACAAGAUCUUGUACAACGACCAAGAAGAUUACAACCCUUCCACCGGGAAAUUCAACUGCAGCGUGCCCGGGGCGUACGUCUUCGCCUACCACCUGACAGUCAGAGGCCGUCCGGCCCGCGUCAGCCUCGUGGCCCGCAGCAGGAAGGUGGCCAAAGCCCGCGAGACGCUCUACGGCCAGGAGAUCGACCAGGCGUCCUUCCUCACCGUCCUGAAGCUGAGCGCGGGCGACCAGGUGUGGCUGGAGGUUGCGCGGGACUGGAACGGGGUCUACGUCAGCGCGGAGGACGACAGCGUCUUUACGGGGUUUCUUCUGUAUCCGGAUGUUUUUGAGAUCCUGCUGUAG